GUAUAAAGUCGGAAGCACCCACGGGAUACGCGUUGAUACACGGAGGAACAGAGAAGAAAGGAUCGAUCCAAGGGAAGAACUCGACAAGAUCGUCAUCCACCUGUUCUCAACAAACAACCCAGAGGCUUUCGUGUUCUCUUUACCGAACAAACGAAGAUGAAACACGUAAUUUUAGUGACUCUGUUGGGGGUGUUGUUCGUCGUCGACUUAUCGUUCAGCGCAGCGGUGAAAUCUGAGGAAUUCGCCGAACAAUUACGGAAAAUUGUUCACAGUAUGCAUCCUGACAGUCAGAGGACGCAAAGAGCCACCGAAAGUGGAAAUUACGACAGUCCGAACCGCAUCUGCUACGGGAUACCUUGCGGAUGGUACCCCUAUGAUCCUACCACUCGACGAGGAUUAACUUUCAUGGCGAACACGUGCAGAUGCCCAGACGAAACUUACAAGUGUGUACAAACAGGUGAAAACGUGUCUAUGCUCGCGUACGUUUACUAUUGCCGUCAGAACACGACAUUGGACGAUAUCGAAGACGAAUAUUCCAGGUAAAAAAUCGUGCGAACAUACCUCAGUGUAAAACAGCUUCAACAACCGCGCAGUCAUGGUGUCACUGUCGUUCUUCGUCGUUUGUGUCACCAUCGUCGAACGAAGCGAUCCUCCGUUUUCUCGUUCAUCCGGGAACACUCACACAUACACACGCACACACACGCCGUAUUAACACCACACACUCUCGGGAACGUAACCUAUAGAACAGAAGA